UCUGUCCUUUGUUCUGUUCUUUGGUUACAGAAUCAUAAUAUUAAAAAAUAAAAUAUUUUGAAAUUGGUAUAUAAUUUUGAAAAAUUUAAACAUAAACAUAAAAUGGUUGUUUUUAGUACCCUAAGAUCUCUUUUGCGAUUACAAUUGAAUGCCUCAAAAAAUGCGGUUGUUAGUCGUUCUAUGUCAGAGCAUAGGACUUUUCCACUUACUCCUUCUAGAUGGCAAUGGAACAAAUUUAAAGACCUUACCCACUUUUAUAUUCUCAUUGGAAUAAUUCCCUGUACCCUAGGGGUGGCAUACGCAAACAUUUUUAUUGGUCCUGCUACUCUUUCUGAAAUACCUGAAGACUAUGAACCUAAAUACUGGGAAUAUUAUAAGAAUCCAGUUACUAGAUUUAUUGCUCGUUACAUACUCACCAAUCCUCAACAAGAUUAUGAAAAAUACUUAGCUCACAUUUUUAUGGAAGAUGAAAGGAGAAGAUUAAGAAUGUUGGAAAGGGACGUUAAACAAAAAAUGGCUGAACGUCAAGAUUAUCAAGCUUAUUAUUACAGACCUGUUUUGGCUAAAUACCACAGAGUUACGAGGGAAGCCGCUCAAGAAUUGGAAAAUCUUCGUGGUGAUUAAAAUAAUGUAUAUAAUUUUAUUAAUAGUAGUACCUAUAUUUAUUUAGUUAAAUAAA